AUGCAGCUCAUUACUGUCCUUUCCGUCGCGACCUCCAUGAUCGCUACUGCUACUGCCAACGUCAGGAGCGCAGUCGAGCUUAACUCAGAGUGCAAUGCCAGCGAGCCCAUGGCUCGUAUUCACAACCGUUGCAGCUACGACGUUCACCUUUGGUCCGUUUACAAGGGCGACGGCUGCCCUACUGAUGAGAUGGUCACCCUGAAGACUGGCGAGACCUACCGGGAGAACUACGCCAACGCCCAGGGUGGAUCCGUCGGUGUCUCUAUCAAGAUCUCUAAGUCCCAGCAGUGCAAGGGCAACGACAUCACUCAGCUUGAGUACUUCAUCCAGAGGGACUCCCCUGGCUUCAACUUCAACUACCUCGAUGUCUCCUACGUUGACUGCCCUUCCGACACUGCCGACUGCCCCACCAGGCAAGAGGGUUACUACCUAGUCGCUGGUGACCAGACUGGCUUUACCAAGGCUUCUUCCGACAACUCCUGGUGCCCGGUCAUGUCCUGCAACGACCCUGCCUCUUGCAACAAGAUCUCAUACGUCCUUGCCGAUGACGUCCAGACCAAGACUUGCGAUCCCGGCCAGAGCAUGGACUUCUACAUGUGCGGUGGAGAGGCUCCUGGUGAGAGCGCCAGCAGCGCCAGCAGCGCUGCUCCCAAGUCCUCUGCUGCUCCUUCCACCAAGAAGGCAUCUUCCUCCACGGCCCAAGCCACUUCCAGCGCUGCUGCUUCCUCCACUGAGGACAGCUACGAGACCGAGUUCAAAGUCGCCGCCGCUGCUGUCACCCCUGCUCCUGAGGCUGAGCAGGUCAACAACCAGAAGACCAAGACCGAGGUCGUCUACGUUACCGCGUACGAGACCAUCAACGCUAAGAGGCACGCUCACGGCCACGGUCGCCGUCACCAGCCCUUCCACGCAUAA